AUGACUGAUACCACCGAAAAUGAAACAGAAAAAGUCCAGUUGUCUACAGAAGAGAUUGCCGACACGUUAGUCAGACUCCACCAAAUGAAAGUGGCCCAGCUCAAGGACAUAUGCAGAUCCAUGGAACUAAGACUCAGUGGUCGGAAAGCUGAUUUGAUUGAUAGCAUCGAGCUGUAUUUCAAGCAUGGUCAGGAGUUUGGGGACAACAUUCGAUUGUUAACGAUACGAACGCUUGUUUUGCGGCGAGUAAACGGAACAAACUUGCCUACUUAUAGAGAACUACACAGCGCCAUCAGUAACGGGCUGUACUCAUUAGCAGGCAUAGUGGGCGAUACCAACCCAACAGCAGCACCGUCACUACCGCAACAGCAAGCAACCCUCCAUUCAUUCGACUCCAUCCCACACAAAGGACAUUCGUUGUACUUCUUGGAAAGUCCCUUCUAUAAGUUAAGGCGGCUGAUUCACAGUAGUCCGCAACUAUGUGCACCGGCAAAAGGUCGUGGUGAAUGCCAUUUCCAAUUCAUAUUUGCAGCCGAUGAGUAUAAGUUACUUAAGGAUAAUCCAGGCACAAAAGUUUACUUGCUCUGUGGGAAACAAGGUACCUCGGGACCGUCCUCGACUGAUGUUCCUAUCGAAUACCCGCUGCCUUCGGAAAUUCAUGUUAAUGGCAAACAAUUAUUGACUCAAUACAAGGGGAUAAAGGGGAAUAUAGGCACAGCUAAACCUGCAGAUUUGACUGACUUGGUUAAACCACCUCCUAACACAAACAAGGUAACACUAGUAUACCAACAAACCCAAGAAGCAUAUUUGGCCUAUCUAUACCUUGUACAGGCUAUAUCGCCAGAAACAGUAUUGGAAAGGGUUAAACAAAGACCAAAGAUCCACAAGAUUGCCACCAUUGCCCGAAUUAAAGCCGAGAAUAGUGAGGACGAAGAUAUCAUGCUUGAAAGUAGUACUGUGCCAUUAACUGACCCAGUAUCUCGCACGAAAAUAAAGUACCCUAUCCAAUCAAUCUAUUGUAACCACACGCAAUGUUUUGACGGGAUGAGUUUUCUCCAGACUCAAGUGCAGUUGCCUACUUGGAGCUGUCCCGUAUGUCUGAAACGAGUUAAAGUGGAAGAUUUGGCGAUUUCCGAGUAUUUUGAAGAGAUUCUAGCUACCGUGGAAGAAGAUGUCGACAGUGUGAUUAUAAACGCGGAUGGGACAUGGGAAGUUGAAGUUCAGCCCAAGAAUGAGGAUUCAGAUGCUGUAGGAAAACCAGGGAGGAGUGCCAGUGCUCAGGUUGAGACAGUCGAAAUUAUCUCGUUAUCUAGUGAUGAAGACGAGGAUGAGCAGAAUGAUGAGCAGAAUGAAGAGCCGGAAGACGAUAGUGGAAUCAUUCAAGAGACCGCGGAAACAAGUAUAGAAGAACCAAUAAAUGUCUUGACUGUAAAGACUGCAUCAAUGGAAGUGGCUGGACCAACUAACGAUGACUAUCCGACCACUUCAACCAAUGAACUUACAACAAGUGUGAAUAGUGGAAGUUCGGCUGACACUCUGGGUGAAUCUGGACUAACUAAUAUAAAAAGUUCUGCUGCACUUGAUAACGCAAUUGCGCAAAUGGAAGACACUAUCGAGGAAGAGUUAAAUGAUGAAUCGCCAUUAGCCAAUUUGAGAGACGCCCGUGAUCGGAUUAGAAGGAAUCAUUCCAACUCUUCCAUCGAGAAUAAUUCAGAAAAUGUCUUGCCAGAAUUAGGUAAUCGAUCCCCUGCCAAGACUCUUGUGACUCACUCAUUAGUUCUGCCAGCUGGUUCCAAUAGUGUUUCUCCCACGAGAACUUCAGACGGGCCAGUUCAAUUGCAGACACAAACUUCAGCCGUGAGUGCAAACCAAGGGAUUGGGUUGUCAAAUAUAGCAUUAACUGCGAGCAUAAACCAACCCCCGAAUGCAUCUCAAAAUCAACCAAGAGUUGCUAAUUCUCCGCCUCCAAAUGUGAGUACACAUCCAAGAAGUCCAAGAUACUCUUCAAUAUUUAUUAAUCCGAGAGCAAAUCAACGACACCUUCAUCAAAUGAGACAAGCAACUUCACCCAGGUCAACUUCUCCGCCACUUCGGCCCAGUGGAUCAUCAGAAAACUCGCCAGUGUUAGACCAUGCAAGAAGUAUUUCUUCCAAAUCCCCGGAUACCAAUAUUUCGGCACCCCAGACAAACUCCAAUGGAGUUCACACCAUUGGAACUAAUGUGGCAACUUCAAGUUCUCCUCUAGAAUCUACACAUAAUUCUAGUAGUCCACUUAUGGCUAAUGUCAAUUUGCAAAUUCCUCAGCAAACACAAAGUUCGCCAACAUCAUCUUCACCUGUGAACAGCCAGGGUCCUAUAUAUCCUAGAGUAAGUGAGAGUUUGGCUAGUCAAACUUAUCAAAAGAAGCCAAAUGGAGUAACACUGCCAGUACAAAGCAAUGGUCAACACCCUAUUCAACCUAACAUGUCGCACAACUCGCACCAACAGAGACCACACAAGAACGCUGCAUAUUAUCGCCAGUUAAUAAUUGCACUUAAUCAACGUAGGAAAGCUAACUAUUUAAGGUUUCAACAGGAGUUAGAGGCAAUGAAGAAAAGACAUGAGGAAGAUAUAAGAAGAUUUAAACACGAAACUAAAAGCAAGAGUUUCGAGAAGAACGAGCAGGCUAAUCGGUUUAGAAAAGAAGCACUGAUGGCUACAUCGCGCGAAAUGAGUAAUGAAUUGAUGGCUAAGCUGGACCGCAUUCGAGAUCGGGUGUUGAGUUAUGCUCAAGAACGUGCUCGCGAGAUUGUUACUAUGGAGAAGGAACAACAGUCACAGAUUCAAAACUUGAAUAAUUCGUUUGUGAGUGACAUGAAGCAUCUUGCGCAGGAAAUUGAAAAAGCAACAAGGUUAGUGAUGGAGUUGACUAGAUCUAGUGGUCCAGUCGGUAGUAACUUAUCCACAAAUGGUGUAGGUGCUGCUUCAAGUAUCAAUCCUUCUAAUACAACUACCAGUGGAGUUGCUGCAUCGGCACCUACUGCACAACUGUCGCACCAUCAUCACCACUCACAUAGUCACAUAUCUGUUCCGACACAGAAUUCGCAGAUAGUUCGUCCGCAAAUGAAUCAACAAAGCCGUUCAUUUAACCCAGGUUGGCUGGCUCAAUCGCAAAAUCUUCGACCAGAACAAGUCCGACUGGCAUCUCAACAGACAUUCAAUCUGAAUAUGGAACAAAUUGGUUGGGCGCGAUCGCGUUCUGGCCCGAGUUCAGUUUACAAACCAGCUCAACCAACCAUAACCACACAGCCAGUUGUCCAACCAGUACAACCAACUCAAUUAACACAACCAACACGUCCAAUCCAAUCAGUUCGGCCUCAAGUAACUCAAGUGCCUAAAGUACAUCCUACACAACACGCUCCGUCGUCAUCACCAAAUUUGGCAACUCAACAAAUCCAGUCGACCCUGGCGUUGUCAGCUCAAGUACAACCAAACCAGACGAGUAGUGUAUCUUUACAAACAACAGUACCGUCAAAAGACUCAUCUAGCCAAGAAUCGCAGGAUGCUUUUUCACAUUUGUCAUCAUUGUUUGAACAAGACAACGGAGUAAAAAACCCCGCUGAAUCUGGUCAGACUCGGCCCAUGGUGGAAAAUUUGACAACUGAAUCAGUACAACCAACCGCAGCUAUACAUGUUUCUCAACCGACAAACUCGGCUCAAUCCUUGAAUAACUCUCCAAUGCAGAAUGCGGUAGAUAUUGCACAGGGAAGUUCAAGUGUACCGAAGCAAGUUUCGCAACAAAAUCGACAAUUCCCAUCUCCUUUCUUUGUUGAUACACAAGAAUCGAAUCAGCAAAAGGAAACUGUAUCAACACAAAAUGCGCAAUCUCCUACAAUAAGUAGUCUGGUUGCUACUAAUGUUGAAAAGAGACCGCUUCCCCAAGAGCCAUUAUCAUCGAUAUCUGCUUUUGAUUUUCCAGUAAAUCCAUCGCCGCCAGAGAAACGUCAAAAAAUCACUGGUAUGUUGGGCAUUGAGUUGAGUAAAGAUGUAAUAGGGUUGGAAGGUUCUCCUCAACCAGAAAGUUUCUCAUUCGGCAAUGGAAAGGAGACUGCUGCCGCCAAAAACACGUUUGCCUUAUUCCCAGGUCAUGAAGUAAUUGACUUGACGGGAGAUGACAGUGACUAG